AUGACCACAUUUAAGUAUGCGAAACGUCUGGCUUACCUCUCAGUGGCUGGCCUGGGAGGGUUCUACACAGCCACAGUCCUCUACCCAACGUUUGCCUCCAGAUAUAAGAAUGGAUCUGUGAAGCCUUGCAGCCAGGAGGAGCUGCAUCUUAUGAAUGCCCCUCUACCUGUAAGGGAGGAUUUGAUCAAAGCUAUCAGGAGUGAGGAAUUGGAUGUUUUGGUCAUAGGAGGAGGAGCCACCGGGCUUGGAGUAGCCUUGGAUGCUACAACAAGGGGUCUAAAGACUGGUCUGGUGGAAAAAUUUGACUUCUCGUCUGGCACAAGCAGCCGCAGCACAAAGCUGAUCCAUGGAGGUGUACGGUACCUGCAGAAAGCUGUCUUCAACUUAGAUAUUGAACAGUAUAAAAUGGUGAAGGAGGCUUUAGCGGAGCGUGCCAAUCUCAUAGAAAUAGCUCCUCACUUGGCGUAUCCUUUGCCCAUUAUGUUGCCAGUUUAUCAGUGGUGGCAAGUACCUUACUUCUGGGCAGGUAUCAAAAUGUAUGACUUUGUUGCUGGGCGGGAACUGCUCAAGCCCAGCUACAUAUUGAGCAAGAGUAAGGCCCUGGAAUUGUUCCCAAUGCUGAAGAAGGACAAGUUGAAAGCAGCCCUGGUUUAUUAUGAUGGUCAGCAUGAUGAUGCUAGGAUGGCUGUGUCAUUGGCCAUUACUGCUGUUCGGCAUGGAGCAUACUGCCUCAACUAUACCCGAGUGGAGAGUCUUCUCAAGACUGUGGUGGAUGGCAAGGAGCAGAUUUGUGGUGCUCAUGUCAGGAAUACAUUAACUGGAGAAGAGUACAACAUAAGAGCCAAGUGUGUCAUAAAUGCAACAGGACCAUACACUGAUUCUAUACGUUCCAUGGGAGAUAGUGAAAUCAGGAAGAUUUGUCAGCCGAGCUCAGGUGUGCAUAUAGUCCUACCUGACUACUACAGUCCUGAGAGCAUGGGUCUCCUAGAUCCUUCCACGUCAGAUGGGAGAGUGAUCUUCUUCCUCCCCUGGCAGAAUGUGACCCUUGCAGGUACAACAGACACACCUUGUGAAGUGAUGGACAACCCCCAGCCAACAGAGAAGGAUAUUCAGUUUAUUUUGAAUGAGAUCAGAAACUAUCUCAACUCUGAUGUUGAAGUUCGUCGUGGUGAUGUUCUCUCAGCCUGGUCAGGAAUUCGUCCGCUUGUCUCCGAUCCGAACAAAUCUGAUACACAGUCUAUAGCCAGGAAUCAUGUCAUUGAGGUGGCCAAGAACAAUUUGAUAACCAUAGCUGGAGGCAAAUGGACCACUUAUCGUUCUAUGGCAGAGGAAACAAUGGAUAAGGCAGUAGAAGUGUGUAAGUUAAAGCCAUCUGGACCAUGCAGGACCAAAGGCCUGUUGUUAGACGGUGCUCAUGGAUGGUCUCCCACCUUGUUUAUUCGACUGGUGCAGGAUUUUGGCUUGGAGAAUGCUGUUGCCCAACACUUGGCUGGCACUUAUGGAGACAAAGCUUUCAAAGUGGCCAAGUUGUGCAGUAUAACUGGCAAGCGCUGGCCUGUUGUAGGCAAGAGACUGCAUGAGGAGUACCCUUAUGUGGAAGCUGAGGUGAAAUAUGCUAUGCGUGAGUAUGCCUGUCGAGCCAUAGAUGUGAUUGCACGCCGGACACGCCUGUCUUUUGUUAACGUUCAUGCGGCUCAAGAAGCUCUUCCCAGGGUUGUUGAAAUAAUGGGCAAGGAACUUGGCUGGAAUGAGGAGACCAGGAAGGCUGAACUGGCCCAUGCUGAACGCUAUCUCAGAACUGAGAUGGGCUUGGAUAUUAAGCGUCUUACAGCAAAAGAUGUUCCCCUGAACUUCACCAAAGAUGAGCUGAACCACCACGUGCGAAGGUUCAAAUCCUUGGAUGUUGAGAACAAAGGUUACAUUUCCAUAAAUGACCUUAGGAGGUAUUUUAAGAACAUUGGAGAGCGAAUAUCAGAAGACCAGUUGCAUGAGAUUCUCAGUGAAGUUGAUCUGAACAGGAAUGCUGAAGUUGAUAUAGGGGAAUUUCUACAGUUGAUGAGUGCCAUUGAUCAUGGAAUGAUUGUACAUUCACGUUUUGCCAAGGCACUAGAGGACAAUGAGGAGAAGUCUAAAAAGAUCACCGUUGAACGCAGUGGUGGAGGAGUUUAA